AUGUCGUUAUCAAUAAAAAAAAGACAGCGGUUUCAACACGAAUAUCCAAUUGAAAAGUUAUCAUACGAGAUUCACUCUUGUUCUUCUUAUUCGACGUCAUAUCAUCCAAAAAACAUUAUGGAAAAUAAACCUUCUGAACAAACUUCCAGAUGGUCAUGUUAUAAUAAUGGUAGACAAACUCAAUAUGUCCUAUUAAAACUAGACAAAAUGGCCAUUUAUUGGGAAAAUAUUUUAAAGCAAUUUAAAGUGUAUGGAGGACUUGCACCAAAUAACAUGAUAGAGAUUCUUCAUAAUGGUUUACAAAAUAAUCCUCAUGCUGAAACAUUUCAACUUAAAUAUUGUACAAAUAAUGUAGUAAGUAAAAAAUUAUUACCUUUCCAAUUUAUUAAAAUAAUUCCACUUGCAGCAUAUGCAACAAAUCAUAGUUUUAGUAUAUGGUAUGUUGAAUUAAAAGGUGUUCAAGAUCAAGAAAUUGUUCAAAAAGCAUACUAUGACUACUUAGCUCAUUUUAGACAAAAAAAUUAUUUGAACGCUUUUGAUGCUUUACAAUCACGUACACAUAUAUUAUUGGAAGAUCCAGUUCUGACUGAUCUAUAUACUCAAUUAGUAAUAAAUGGUGAUUUCCAAUUAUCAGAAGAGAUUAUAUGUGAAGCUGUUACAAAUGGCUUGUUUGAAGAUUAUCUUCAUGAUAAAGUUCCAUGUAUGAGAGGUGGACAUCAAAUGUGUAUAGAUGCAGAGGUGAUUAUUGAUUGGAUUCAAACAUUACAUUGUUGGAAUGGAACCACAAAUUUAUCAGAUUUCUGGGUUUACAAUAUUAAUAAGAAUUCAUGGUCACUAAUAAGUGGACCAGAACCAAGAUCAAAUCAUAAAAUGUGUUUUGAUCCAAAAUACAAGAAAAUUUAUGUGUAUGGAAAAUUUAUUAGUCAUGAGAUGAGAUCAAUUGUCAAUCUUAAUGCAGAUUUUUACCAAUACAAUAUCACCACUAACCAAUGCGGCUUAUAUUCAUACAACAUACCAACAAAUGAAUGGAAAUUAAUUAGAUCUGAAUAUAAAUUACCAAAUGAUCAAGCUCAACUUAGGAUAAGAGUUGGUAUCUCGAUGUUAUUUGAUCCAGAUGAAAAUUUAUUAUAUAUAAUUGGAGGGGGAGAUUGUGACAACAUGUUUUUAAGUGCAGAUUCAGUAUAUGAAUUGUCAACUGAAUAUAUGACAAGAUGUGACCAAGAUUUGAUUUUUAUUCAUCGUAUAAAUAUUGAUUUAGAAACAAAAGAAAUUUAUGUCUUAGUUGGACUAAGAGAGAAGAGAGACAAGAGAUCAUAUGUAAUCAAGAACGCCUUUUGGGUUUAUGAUUUAUUAAAAGACAGAUGGACGAAAAUAUAUCAGAGUGAAAUCCAUGAUUCAUAUUAUUGGUUAAGUAAUGAAACUGUCGAGCCUAGGCCAAGACUUGCACAUCAAUUCAUCUACGAUAAUCUAAAUAAAGUUCAUUAUUUGUUUGGCGGUAGAUUUGUUGAAACUGAAGCUUCAAUGAAACAAAGAUUAGAUGAUUUUUGGGAAUUUCAUUUAAUAAGACCAAAACCAGAGAAUUUACUAAGAGGAAUUAAAUAUUUUAUACGAAAACAAAAGUACAAAGAGUUAUGUUUUGAGGGUAAUUCCAUAGCAGCAUUAAAAUAUCUUCAGGUUCAAUUAGGCCAAUUAGUGGAUCAAGAAAAUGAAUCAGAACGUGUUGAAUUCCAAGCUUUAACAUCUGGAUUAUUUAACAUAAAAAGAGAUGAAAUAUAUAAUUCAUUUAAUGAUCGAAUGGAAUUGUAUGAAAUAUUAUUGGAAUAUUUUCCUGAUAAUAUGAAACAACCAAAACAAAAUUUAAUUGAACUAAUUCAAGUCCAGUAA